AUGUCUCUCUCUCUCUCUCUCUCUCUCUCUCUCUCCCCCGAAUGUUCUGCGCCCAAUUCACUUUCCAAAACCUUCCCGGAAGAAAAAAAAAUCUUUUCUGGGUCACUCUGUCAACUCGCUGAAUUCCCUCUUUCAUUUCUUUCUCACUCUUACUCUCCUUCCCAUAUUUAUUUCUCUCCCCCUCUUUCUUCACCUUUUUUUCUUUCCCCUUUUAAUAUUAAAACUUUUUUCUCAUUUCACUCUCUUCUCUUUUCUUUUUUUCUUCUUUUCUUUUUCCUUGAAAUAAUUUUAAAUGCACAUGGCGAUUACUGUUUGUUCAUCGCAAUAAUGCAAAUUGGCAUUUCUUAUAAAUCUCUAUCUCUCGCUAUCUUUCGCUAUCUCUCUCUUUCUUUCUUUUUCCCUCUCUUUCUCUUUCUCUCUGCCUCUCUCAUUGGUAUUCUUGCUACUCCUAAAAUUAAUAAGAUGGUAGACAAAAUUUACUCACUACAUCUCCUCUAUAGUGAUAACUUUGGACUCAUCUCAGUAUGA